AUGUAUAGCAUUCAGAAGGAAUUGGCAGAAAUCAAUUUGGAUCCUCCAUGUAACUGCAGUGCUGGACCAAAGGGAGACAAUUUGUACGAGUGGGUGUCGACAAUUAUGGGCCCUAGUGGCUCGCCAUAUGCUUCGGGCAUCUACUUUCUGGAUAUUCACUUUCCUCAAGAGUAUCCCUUCAGGCCACCAAAAAUUGUUUUCCGUACUCGUAUCUACCACUGCAAUAUCAAUGCUCAAGGCCAAAUCUGUUUAGAUAUCCUGAAAGAAAACUGGUCGCCUGCUUUAACCAUCUCGAAAGUUCUCCUAUCUAUCUGUUCUCUUUUGACAGAUGCCAAUCCACAUGAUCCUCUGGUUGCAAGCAUUGCUCAUCAAUAUCUGAAUGAUAGAGAAGAGCAUGAUCGCAUUGCAAAAGAUUGGGCGAAGCGCUAUGCUAGUUAA